GAGCUGUAUUCCUUUAUAGAGUUCAAUCCCUAAUCAGAUAUUCACAUCUUAAGUGCUUCACUGGAUCUCUCUGUUAUUGUUAAAUGCACGGUCUUAAGUGAGUUCUGGUCUGCAAAGGUAGGAGUUUUAUAGCAGCCUGACAUUCCUUACUCUCUCAUGGCUAAGAUCAACUCUUGCUAAACCACUUACAAAUCAGAUGUGCCAGGUGGAGAACUUAACCUCGACAAUUUGAUUAAUCUUCUUUGAAUUAUAGUGGUUUCAUGAAUCAAACUUCAGAAGGAGCUUCCUCUUUCCAAAUAACGUUAGGAGGACAGAAUAAUGCUUUUAAAGUAUCUUCCUUUUCAAUUUGGGAUUUCAACAUGCAAAUUCAGCAGAAGCCCAAAGGAAGCAGCACAAUGGAAACAUCAAAAACAUUUAUUAAAAGCACUCCGUUGUGCUUGGGGAGCAUGGGAAGAGAAUGAAAAGGUGAAGGAGAAUUUAGUAGAGCACUGCACAGAAACAGAAUUAGCAAGUCAUGAGAUACCACGUGGCUGUUAGCAGACUGAAAGGCUCUGUUGAUUCGAUUUAUUCAUUAGGGCUUUUCAGUAGUGUAGGUUAUUAAGUGGGAGAAAGUGGGGUAUAUUACAACUUACUUUUUAUAUUUCCUUUCCUGGAGAAUAUUUCACACCAGAGGAGCAGAGAAAGUUACUGAAAGUAUCAUGCCACAUAAAUGGGAGAAUGAUAGGAAAAAGAGCAGCACCACCAGCUCUCUGAAGAUGGAUCGAAAGAGCAAUGCUGGGAACAGGAAGUCAAGAAAAUUUCGUUCCAUUUCGAGAUCACUUAUACUUUGCAAUGCCAAGAACAGUGAUGAUGGGUCAAGUCCUGAUGAGAGAUGCCCUGAUCCCUUUGAGAUCUCUACCAGUUGGGGUCAAGAGGAUUUUGACUGCUGUCCUAGAACACAACUGCCAUGCUCAUCAGAGACAGAAGACAGCCCAUCUGAUCCUCCCCGUGUAAUUACCAGCAUGGUCCAGUCCAAAGCUGCAGCAAAUGAGAAUUGCAACAAUAUGAGAAGACAGUUACUCACCAAGGACAGCUGCAUCUGCAGGCUGUGUACAACCACAGGGAACAGCAGCUCAGGAAUCAAGCUCUCUAGGAAUCCAAAAUGUGCAUCUCUCUGGAAAGGGUUCACAGGCAGCCACGUGCCUGCUGGAGACGCAGCAAACAGGGAUGGUCAUCUGAGCCCAAGGGAUGAACUGUUAACACUAAAUGAUCUGUCCACCAAGGAGGCCGAAUCUCUCAUUCACCCAGCAACACAGCUGAUGAACAUCAUGAUGGCUUGUAAAGAGACACCAACCUGUAAGGAAAGGCCUUUGGAAAUACAAAAUGGUUUUCUGCACAGUAAAGCUGCAUGUCAACGGACUCGCAGUAACUCAACCAGUGUAAACCCAUACUGGAUUGGGGAGAUGGACUGCACAGUGCCCCAGAAAGCUGUGCCCUUCAGAGACCGGCAGCCCCACGCUCUCCACACCAGCCGCAAAUCUCUUUCCCAACAGCUGGACUGCUCUGGAGGGAGAACCCCAGCAAUUUCAAGGCCAUCUAGAUCACUAAGUACAGCACAGCUAGUGCACACAUCCUGUGGCUCACAGGCUUCAGUAAUCUCAAACAUCGUACUGAUGAAAGGACAAGGGAAGGGUUUGGGCUUCAGUAUUGUUGGAGGGAAAGACAGCAUUUAUGGACCAAUAGGCAUCUAUGUCAAAACCAUCUUUCCUGGUGGAGCUGCUGCUGCUGAUGGAAGGCUACAAGAAGGUGAUGAAAUCCUGGAACUGAAUGGAGAAUCCAUGCAUGGAUUAACACAUUAUGAUGCUUUACAAAAAUUCAAGGCCAAAAAGGGUCUUCUGACACUUACAGUCAGGACAAGCUUCAGCACGCCUCAUUCUGCUUCCAGCUGUCUGUCACCCCACUUGUGUCAGUCACUGAGCUCUAGUACAUGCAUAACCAAAGAAAACAGCUCUUUCAGUUCGGAAAGUGCAGCAUUUUCAUUAAAUGCUGCAAAGCCCAACGACAGGGUCAUAAUGGAAGUCACCCUAAACAAAGAGCCAGGUGUUGGCCUUGGAAUCGGGUUAUGUAGCAUCCCUUACUUCCAGUGUAUUUCAGGGAUUUUUAUUCACACCCUCUCACCAGGCUCAGUGGCACAUAUGGAUGGGAGACUCAGGUGUGGAGACGAAAUCAUUGAAAUCAAUGAAGCUUCAGUACAAAAUACAACUCUUAAUGAAGUUUAUGCUGUGCUAAGCCAUUGUGAUCCUGGUGCAGUGCAGAUUAUUAUUAGCAGACACCCUGAACCACAGGUGUCUGAGCAACAGCUGAAAGAAGCUGUUGCACAAGCUGUGGAAAGCAACAGACUUGGAAAGGAGAGACACCAAUGGAGUACUGAAGGUGUUAAAAAACUAGAAACAAGCUGGCACGGAAGACACCCAUGUGAAAAGCAUAUUGAAAGGAAUGCUGCUCAUUGCAGCCGCAGGACACAGAAGCUAAUGACCCGCUCCAGCAGUGACAGCAGCUACAACCCUAGGUCCUCAUGUAGUAAUGGUGCUGCAUACCAACUGGCUGACUUGAAAGCAAGAGUACAUAGCAUCGAUGUACCAAUUACCAGACAACCUGGCCUGCUGUACUCAUUGUCUGGUAAUAACUCAGAGAGAAGUUCCCCUCCUACUUGUAGUGAGGGAGGUCGACCCUUGCAAAACACUAAGAAAUCCUCAGAGAUCCUCGUUAGAAAACCUAAAUCAUCAAAGCCCAAACCUCCACCAAGGAAAUAUUUUAAGCAGGACUGUACAUGUAAUGACCAGUGUAAUGCAGACAGAAGAGAAAAGCUUGUAUCAGAAGUGGCUGUAUCACCUCCUGCAAGCAUUCAGCAGGAAGUUGGAGAACCAAUGCUAGAGGGACAUCAAACUGAUGUAACCCACAGUGUCUUUACCACUUCUCCUACAGCAUAUGAUACUGAACACAUAACUGCUGUUCCAGUGGGCAGAGAUCAAGAAAGAAAAGCAAACUUAGGGAAUCCACUUUCAUCAACACAAAGACCUAUACUUAAAAGACAAGCACGGGUAGAUUAUAGUCUUGAUACAACAACAGAAGACCCUUGGGUUAAAAUUUCCGACUGCAUAAAAAGCUUAUUUAAUCCUACCAUGACAGAAGACAGCGUCCACUUAGACUUGCAACCUGACAUCAGUACAGACAAAGAGAAUCAAAAUCGAAGCAGCUCAGAGACAGUUCUGAAGAAAUCAGAAUCGGAAAUAGGUGGUUCAAAAGUGCUAAAAUCAGAUGGAAAUGACAGUGUGAAAAAGGGUCCUCCCGUUGCACCUAAGCCAGCCUGGUUUCGCCAAAGUCUGAAAGGAUUGAGGAAAGCAAAUUCAGAUCUAAAAACGCAGGCAGAUCGAAGCCCUCCUGACCUUGAGAGUAUUUCCAGGAAAGAACUGCAAUCCAGCUUAUCCCGUGUCUCUCCUAGGGGAUCAUCAAUAAAACAAAGAAUAAGCUCAUUUGAAUCCUUCAGUGCUCCGCAGUCACCUGAAAAAAUAUGCCGAAGAUUUAGCCUGAAACCAUCAGUCCAGAAAGAACACUCUGCCACUGCAACAGGGUCAGAAGCGGCUCCAGCCCAUUUAAACCAAGCCUUUCUCCAACUCUGUGAAACUAGCCAACAACAGUCACCUGUGGUCAUGGGUACAAAGAGCCUAGAUAGAUCUUCCUCUCCCAGGGAGGUCCUUGUGGCUAGCUCAGAGAAAAGCAACAUCACCAACACUGAAAAUUCCUCGGGUCUCUUAACUACAGAAGACAUUGCAACUUCCCAUCUUGUAUCAGUAGCAAAAGCACACAGCCUAAGAUCACGAAGCUUCCCACUUACUGCCACCCAGUCUUGUGAGAUGAUGAAACCAUAUGAUGAAAAGUGUAGCAAAAUCUAUUCCAUCAGUAGCCAGGUGUCAUCUGCUUUAAUGAAAUCUUUGCUUUGCCUUCCUCAGUCUCCAGCCUCUUCUGGAAACAGUGCAUGGGAAACUCUAGACACAUUGUCUCAGUCCUCUGUGGAGGAGGAUGGGACUUCUCUUUCACCUGCAAGUGAGAAUCAUCACCUGGACACUGGGUUUUCACUAAACCUCUCAGAGUUGAGAGAAUAUACUGUGGGCCUAGCAGACAAUGAGAAAGAGGAAGAGAAACAGGAACACGGCUCACCUCAAGCAUCUGGUGUGUCAGGGCAGUCUGUCAUCUCUCUGCUUUCCCCUGAAGAGUUAGCAAAGCUUAUAGAGGAAGUAAAAUCGCUAGACGAAGCGACCUUAAAGGAAUUUGAUGAUAUUCAUGUUACAAUUUUGCAUAAAGAAGAAGAUACUGGGCUUGGAUUCAGCCUGGCAGGGGGCAUUGAUCUAGAAAACAAAGUGAUAACAGUUCACAAAGUGUUUCCCAAUGGACUAGCAUCUCAGGAAGGAACUAUUCAGAAAGGAGAUGAAGUACUAUCCAUUAAUGGAAAGUCUCUUAAAGGUGCAACUCACAACGAUGCCUCAGCAAUCAUGCGACAGGCUCGACAACCCAGACAAGCUGUCGUUGUCACUAGAAAAGCUAAAGAUGCAGAAAAAAACCUCAAUGUUUCAACUGGCUCUAGUACAUCUUCAGUAGCAAGUGAUGUCUCACAAGAGUCUGCAACUGAAGAUACAAUCUGCACUGUAACUCUAGAAAAAACACCUGCCGGUUUAGGAUUCAGUUUGGAAGGAGGGAAGGGCUCUAUUCAUGGAGAUAAACCCAUCAUCAUCAACAGGAUAUUUAAAGGGACUGCAUUAGAACAAAGCAGCCCUGUUCAGCCUGGUGAUGAGCUAUUACAAGUGCACACAACUGCCAUGCAAGGACUGACUCGUUUUGAAGCAUGGAAUAUAAUCAAGGCAUUACCUGAGGGGCCCAUCAAAGCUAUCAUCAAGAGAAAGAAUCCGAGCUCUGUUACCACCAAGUCAUCUGAAACUUUGUAAGAGGAGGAAUUAGACUACUGUCAAUAUUACAAACAAAAAAGGAUUUUAUUACUUGCAGCCAUUUGGCUAGCACAGCAAGAUACUCAGAAAGUGCAUAUGAAAAGUACAUACACAUGAUCUUACUGCCACUUACAGAGCAAGCUGUCUAUGAUAAAAUAAGAUGUGCAUAAAAUGUGCAUGACUUAUUUCAACAUUCAGAAACAGAUGUUACAAAGUGUAGAAUUAUAAAAUGACUUUAUUAAUAAUAUACUGGUUGUAAUAAAA